CUAUUAGUUCAUACAUAUACAGUACACAUAUGGUCGUGUUCUAAAUAAACCCUUAGCACGAAAUAUAGUCGGCUAGAAAUCGUUGAUAUUGUCCACAAAUAAAAUUCUAAAUAAAAGAACAUUAAACGUGAUUAAAGUAAUAUACCAUUAUUAUAAAAUAAGUUACACAAUUGUUUCACAUAAAUAGGACUACAUACAUGUGAUAUCUACUUUGAGGUUAGGUUACAGUGUAUAUUUGAAAGUAACAUUUAAUAUGAAUGAAGUUUUGGAUGAAAACUUCAAUGAAGUUUAUCUACAAUUGGAGAAACUUGUAAACAAUGCAUCCUUUAUUGCUAUCGACACAGAAUUAACGGGUAUAAGUGCGGAUACUGAAGUCAAAUAUAGUUUUUUUGAUUCUUUGGACGCGCGUUAUAAAAAACUGAAAGACACUAUUGAAAACUUCACAAUAAUACAGUAUGGCAUCACAGUUUUUCAUCAUGCUAUUGAUAUGAAUCUUUACGAUGCAGACUGUUUCACUUUUUAUUUACUGCCACGAUCACUGCCACUUAAAAAUAAGCAAUUAACAUGGCAAGUGGAUGCAUUAGAAUUCCUGAGCAGGCAUAAUUUUGAUUUUAAUAAGCUUGUGAAUCAUGGUAUACCAUAUCUUAAUGAGCAAGAUGAAAAGUCUUUCCGGCAAUACUUAAAGGAAACUAAUUCAACAUAUAAGUUGAAUCAUUUAUCAUACGACGAUGAAACCAAUUUUAAGGAAUGCAUGAAUAAAAUUCAGAAUUGGUUAUUUAGUAACUCACGUGAUUUUGCCGUUAAACUAGAAGUUAACAAUCCUUUAGUACAAUAUUUGAUUCAUGAAAUAGUAAUAGAGAAUUAUGAUAAUAUUCGUAUAAUACCAGGGUAUAAAACAAUAACUCUUAAAAAAGUGUCGGCUAAUAAUUUUCAAGAGGAAGAUAAUGGUGACUUGGAGCAAGUAGUUUUAGAUUCAUACAUAGGUUUUUCUAAAGUAUUCAAAUUACUUUGUUCUUCAAAGAAACCUAUAAUUGGUCAUAACGUACUCUUUGAUUUAAUGUUUACUUACCAACAAUUUUACAAACCAUUACCAGCCCAAUAUUCUGAAUUUAAACGUAAUAUACACUCCAUAUUUCCACAAAUAUAUGAUACAAAGUUCCUGAGUAUUGAAUUGCGAAGGCUGUAUAUUGAUGAAGUACAUUGGAAGCAGAGCUCGUUAAAUUAUAUAUACGAAUUUUUUACGUCCAGUGCAGGAAAAUUUUUGACAUUAAAUUCACCAACAGUGAAUUUGAAACAUACAUCUUCAGAUGUGAACAAUUAUCACAAUGCAGGGUGGGAUUCUUUCAUUGCCGGAUUCAUUUUUAUAAAAGUGGGAUCCGUGUUUAGUUUAAAAAAAUAUGGAAGUGGUUUAGUAGAAAGGGGAAUAACGCAUUCAGAAUUGUUGAGCGGUGUAAAAGAAUUUGUGAAUUCUAUAAAUAUAUCAAGAAGCAAUGAAAUUUGUAUGAAACUUGACGCAGAUGAUCCAAUGUACUCGAAACCAGAGUGGCUUCACGUGAGAUUAAAGUCACCAACGAUCAAUACGACACAGCUGGUCGAGAAGCUGUCAUCAUUUGGGCAAGUGGACAUAAUGCCUUUCGCACGGAAACGUGUUUUGGUAGCUGUUUCAAAUGAGAAGAGCGCACGGCACAUACUUGAACACUUUCAGAGCAGCAAGGAAUUCCAAGUGGCACGCUACAAUCGCAUUAGGCACGCGGCUCCGAGCACAAUUUGCUUGUGUUCUGACUGUAGCAAUGGCGAAUGGUUAGGUUGACAAGAUGGCGGAUGACAGGACAUCUUGAAGACAACUUUCUACUCAAGAUUCUUCCUAUAUUACUUCGGAAUUAUUGAAUUCCCAGAUUUAAAAAUUACGAAUUAAAAAAUGUUUGCUGUCUUCAAUUUUUUAGAUUCCUAAAUCCCAAAUUUUCGAAUUUGCAGAGUCCUAAAUAUCCAAGUUUUCAAAUUCUUGCACCCUUGCAACUACUAAAUCCUCAAGUAGCUCGAAUUUUUAAAUUUUCAAAUCCAUAAAUCACAAAUUCCACAAUGUCUGAACUACUUAAACCACAAUAUUAAUAUCCUGAUAUCUCCAAAUCUACAAAUCCCAAAUUUCCGAAUUCUGUUAACUGAAGGAAACCUAAACUAUGUACAUCUUUGCAAUAUACUCUGUUAUAUUAGACUGAGUUUGAAAUUCAACUGAAGUAUCGCUUCGAAUGAAGACACAUUUCAACAUUCACUUUCAAGUGUCUUCAGUGUCUUCAAUAGUCGUCGAGACGAAGUGAACGUGAAUAAGAAAUGUUGAUAAUAAUACAUUGCAGAUAAUGAUCAAAGUUUAAUUGCUUUUAA